AUGACACAACGCAAGCCCACCAGCAAGACCGCGACCGCCGCGCGCAAGGCUCGAUCUACCUCGCUGCUGGCAUCCAAGUCGCCGGCGCAGCGCUCGCCCCAGGCGCAGGCGCAGGUGCACGCCAAGAAGAAGCGCAAGCACAACCAAAAGUACCUCGAUCAACGCCAGAGGGAGCAGGUGGACCGCGAUGCCUUGGACGUACUCAGGAACGGAGGCCGCGAUCAGCCAGACGAGCCGCAGCACAACCCGUUUGCAUACACCACGUCCAGCGCAAAGGAACAGAGAAAGACGGCGCGGCAAAUGAACCAGACGCUCGAGGCAUUCAAUCUGCUCAUGAAGCAAAUGUGA